GUGACUCGCCCGCCAAAACGGAAGUGAUUUUUAUUUUUUUAUUUUUGUCAUUAAGUGGGAGGAGCUAGCUGACACCACGUCCACUCUGUUAAUGGAGUCUGCGUUUCAUUCUGCCGCAGUCUCUUCUCCACGUGUUUAGACUCAAACACAGUUUAUAGUUUUAUUUUCUCUCAGUCGUAUCAGACCCUGUGUUUAGUAAACAGCUCGCUAUGGACGGCGGGAACAUUAUAGAGACAUAGUAACGGGAACAUUUCCUCAAGCAGAAACUCCAAACGUCACUAUGAAAGGCCGAACCGACACGCCACAAGACCGGUUCUGCUUGGUGGGAAUCUUUUUCUUCAUUCUAGGCCUGGGAACGCUGCUGCCAUGGAAUUUCUUCAUGACUGCCUCACUGUACUUCCAAAGCCGCCUCAACAACACGGAGCUGACGAACGGGACGGCGGUCACCAAGGAGUAUCACUUCAACAACUGGAUGACCUUUCUGUCCCAGCUGCCCCUGCUGGUCUUCACCCUGCUCAACUCCUUCAUGUACCAGAGGAUAUCGGAGGCCAUCCGCAUCGCAGGCAGCCUCGUCUUCAUCCUGCUGCUCUUCAUCCUCACCGCAGUCCUGGUGAAAGUGGACAUGCAUCAGGAUCUCUUCUUCUCCGUCACCAUGGCGAUCAUCUGGUUCAUCAACUCGUUCGGCGCCGUGCUGCAGGGCAGCCUGUUCGGCCUGGUCGGCCUGCUGCCGCAGAACUACAGCGCCGUCUUCAUGAGCGGCCAGGGCCUCGCCGGGACCUUCGCCGCCAUCGCCAUGCUGCUCACCACAGCCAGUGAUGCAGACUCUGAAUCUGCAGCCUUGGGUUAUUUUAUCACGCCAUGUGUGGGAACUCUGCUCACCCUGUUGAGCUACCUGCUGCUGCCACACACGGAGUUUGCUCAGUUUUACCUGAACAGAAGCAGCAAGUAUGAAGAAGGCACAACGGACAAGCUGCUGACUGAUGGAACCUCUCUGGAGAACGGGAAGCUGAAUGGCCACGCUAACGGCACGGUGGCCACCGUAGCCCUCAGCAGCAGCAGCAGUCGGGACGAGGCCAAGCUGGAAACCAGUCCAGACAGGAGCGAGCAGACCGACAGCUCUGCAGAAAAAGCCUCGGUGUUGGAGGUGUUGAAAAAGAUUUGGGUGAUGGCGUUCUGCGUGACGUUUGCGUUCACCGUCACGCUGUCCGUAUUCCCCGCCGUCACUGUCGAUGUCCGAACAGCAUUCCCAAAUGGAAAAUGGCGACACUACUUCAUCGGGGUGUGUUGCUUCCUGGUCUUCAACAUUAGCGACUGGUUUGGCCGGACCAUCACUACAUGGAUACGCUGGCCUGGUAAAGAGUCUCGUGUGUUCCCGGCCCUGGUGGUCUCCAGGGUGAUCUUCAUCCCCCUGCUGAUGCUCUGUAACGUCCAGCAGCGCUCCCACCUGCCCGUCAUCUUCUCCCACGACGCCGCCUUCACCCUCAUCAUGAUUCUCUUCUCCGUGUCCAGCGGUUACUCCGUGUGCCUCUCCAUGUCCUACGCGCCGCAACUGGUGGAGCCUAAAGAUGCAGAGACUGCAGGAGCCCUGAUGACCUUCUUCCUGGCCCUGGGUCUGUCCAUCGGGGCCGCCCUGUCCUUUCUCCUCAGGAGUCUGGUGUAGUUCCCAUAGAAACGGCACGGUAAAGCACCUCCACACUCCUUGAAGGAGAGGUUCUCAGUUUGUCUAAAAACACAUCCAAUAUUAGUUUUCAUGUUAAGUUAAACUGGUUUCUGUUCAGCAUGUCGUUCCAGUGGAACAGAGAAACAUUUCAGGACUUUGAGUCCAGAACAAUCCGUACAUCAUUCUGAAACCACGUCAGUUUUCUGGGUUUUCGUCGCUUCACAGUGUUUGUUUUAAGACAAAUAUUUUUGUAUUUUUUUUAUUUGUACAUUGUUGUUUUGUAAUGAUUCGAACAGGAAGUAACGCUGAAUGAACCAGGUACUAAAGCAGGAUUUCUAAGCACAAGCUAAUUUGAUGGUAAAUACUGCCAUCUGGUGGCUAACGUGUGUAUUGUCGGUUUAAAGACAUCUUGAGACAUUGAGUAAUCAGUACCAUGAUUGUUUAUCUCUGAUUUUAUUUCCUCAUCACUUUUACUGGUGAGGUGCCUUUUUUUUUAGUGUGUUUCAACUUUCUUUCCCAGCCUGCAGCUUCACCUGAACUCCAUGUGAUCAGCUGCUCUGCUUAUUUCCUGAUUAAAGACCAAGCAGCAGAGGCUUCCUACGCAUUUAGUUUCAAACUGUCAUUCUUUUAAAUAAAUUUUAAAAAAGCAACCCAGCACAACAGUAUUUCCGUACUCAAAUUCCCCAAUUUUACUUAUUUAUUUAUUUAACAUUUAAGUCUAAAAUCUGAACUUUUUAGCUGCUUAGCCAACGUUUGGGUUUUAUCUCUAGAUAAAAUCCAAACGUUCCACAUCUGAAAAGAAAAAAGAUGCUGGAAUCUGUUUUCGGUUUCUCUUAAAAGUAUUGAAAAUAAAAUAUUUUUUUUAACCUUUGGGACGACCCGGUUUUCAGUCGGAGUAAAAAGAACUCUGGUUUUAUUUUUCCAGUCCUGAGUUGUUUAAUCGGAAGAUGAACUCUGUGUGUUUUACAGUGUGUGCUGCUUCAUGAGGUUUUACUUCUCAUUUUGACACCACCGGAGUGUUUUUGUUUGUUUACCACUAAAGAUCAUUUUCAGCGCGUUUAUGUUCCUGUUUAUGUCGACAAUGUGGCAGCUGUUGCUUCAACACGUUUUCUUUACAAUGGGAUCAAAAAAAACCUUGAAAGUGUUUGAUUUUGGUGUUUUUUUAUUUUAUUUUUUUUUUUUGCUGGACUUCCAUCUACUGUAAAACGGACCAACAACACAGUGAGGAGACGGCAGAACUUCACUGCAGUUAGACGAAGACUAAUGCAUGAAAUCCAGUUCCAUCAGAACCAAUAAGGUUCUGAUGGAACUGGACUCAAAUGUUCUGGGGGAGUUUAAGAUUCUGUGGCCUUAACGCGCGGCCCGGUAUGUUCCGGUUCCCACUUUGGCGAUGACAUGAAACUGUACAAGCAAAAUGUGUUUUGUAUACCAUCAGUAUCCAUAGCAACAGACUGCGUCCUCAUGUUUUCAGUUCCGACCGAAUGACCAUGUAGUGAUCCGCUGUGCCGUUCACAGUAGAAACCAGUUCCAGCAAAGGGAAUCUUUUUUUUCAUUGUUCCUGUCAAUAAAUGAAUCCCAACAGUU